AUGCGCCCAGCCGCUACGUAUCCCAACACGGUCACCUACAAUGCCACCAUUACCGCCUGCGCCGAGGCUGGGGAGCUCUGGCGGGAGGCUUGGCACCAGUUCUCCAGCAUGAGGGCCGCGGAGGUGACAGCAGACGCGAUCAGCUUCAAUGCGACGACGUGCACCUUCGGCAGGGCCGGCUACUGGCAAGAAGCUCUGGAGGUGUGCUGCUGCAUGCCGGCCGUGCGACUCUCCGUGGAUGAGAUAAGCUGCAAUGCGAGCAUCAGUGCCUGCGACAGCGAGGGACAGUGGCAAGUUUCCCUGUCGCUGCUCUCUUCCAUGCCAGCGAUUCGCCUGGUAUGUAAUGAGAUCA